CACAAUGUCGAUUAGCUGAAAUUAAAAAAUGAUAAAAAACGAACUUAAAAAUGGUUGAUGGAGAUUUUAGGAUUAUUAAAAUCGAUUUCAAAGAUUGCGAGUAUUGAAAAAUGUUCUUUAUCCCAUCAAAAUAAACCUUAUAAAUUGCUCUAAAUCUAGACCUUAUAUAUUACUCUAAAAGACUUAGUGUCAGAACGCAACGCCGAUGACCCGCGCGCAUGACCCUACUUUUUCACGCAGUUGGGGAUUGGUUAUCCAAGAACGGGGUGGCCGGAGGGGUGUGUGGCAAGAGCAGCUGACUGAGCUUUAUAUAAGGGUAGCCUGAUUUUGAAAUACAGCCACUGGUUUUGAUUAAUGCGACCAGGACGGUUCCGUCGCGUUCGUUAUCGCUCGUAUCUUUUCCUCGAGCUAUUUUCACAAACGAAAUAAAUUCCCGCGUUGAUUCUGCCGUUCCUUCGUCAGUCGAGUCUCGUACUUCUCGCUACUGUCGUGGAACGGAAGUUCCGUUCGACGACAGGAAGUAUGCUGUUGAAUUUGAGCGCCGAUCUGCCGAAUGACGUUUUCAUCCUUGAAGAAUGGACGUCAACUAAUAUUUACAUUUUUGCGACGAUCGUACUAGGCUUCAGGUUUUUCGGUUUUAUUUUGAAUCUGCUGGUCAUAAUAACGGUUAUUAAGAACGCCAAUGUAUUGUGGACGCCUAACAAUGUGAUUCUCGUCAAUAUGGUCGUUGGAGAUUUCUUAGUAGCUGCGCUGGGAAAUCCUUUCGCAAUGACAUCGGCAAUUGCAGGUACCUGGUUUUGGAGUCAUGAGACAUGUUUGUGGUAUGCAUGGUUUAUGACUACUAUGGGAUUUGCCAGUAUCGGUAGUCUGACAGUGAUGGCAAUGGAGAGAUUCUUAUUGGUCACAUGUCCGAUGAAAACAUUAUCGAUAAGACAUGCUUACAUAUUGGCAUGUUUUGUUUGGAUAUAUGCGCUCUCCUUAUCAUUACCGCCAUUUUUCAAUUGGGGGAGUUAUGGCCCAGAGGCAGGUAACAUAUCCUGCAGUGUAUCCUGGGAGUUACAUGACCCUGAAAUGCACAACGAUUCUUACAUCGGAUUUUUAUUCGUCGUGGGAUUCUUCUUGCCUGUCAUAAUAAUCAUUAGUUGUUACUGCGGCAUGAUAAAAAAUUUGAAGAAAAUAAGGAAAAGAAUCGGUUCGAAAAAUAGACGGGAGAAGAAAGUCACUAAAAUGGUGUACUUAAUGAUCCUUGCUUUCCUAAUUGCCUGGUCGCCGUAUGCCAUUCUUGCACUCGCAACUCAAUAUUUUUACGUACAAACCUCUCGUAUCGUAGCGGUGCUGCCAGCUCUCCUUGCGAAAUCUUCCAUCUGCUAUAAUCCCAUAAUAUACGCGAUCAUGACUGUCCAGUUUCCCGACACUUGGAAGAAAAUAUUUUUCAUCAAUGCCAACAGCACCAAGGACAAGCAGCAGCAUGGGAAAGAAAGCGAACUUCAAACGAGAUAGAAGAAACGUGCCCACCUGCCUUUCGUCAAAUCGUCGAACGAAAAGAUAUAAUAAUUAUAUAUUAUAUACUACGUGACUUGUCAAUUUUUAAAGAUAGACUAAAGAGAGAAAAGAUAUCGCGGAGAAAGAGCUAUCCUAAUUAAAAAGAUUUAAGGUACAUGAGAGAUCGAUAACACACUUUAUAACUU